AUAAAAUUCAUAACAAUGGGUGGAGCUAAAGUUGAUUCCAAAGAUCCAGUAAGAGGUAUCAUCUCAGGUAAACUCCAAUCUCACUCAUUUUUAUUUUAGGUGGUAUCACAGGUGGAAUCGAAAUAUGCAUCACAUAUCCCACUGAGUAUAUUAAAACCAUGAUGCAACUCUAUAAGGAAUACUCAUAGAAGGGUGUCAAAUAUUGCAUUGGUGAAACUUAUAGGAAUUUUGGAAUCCCAGGAUUUUAUAGAGGCUUGACUCCUUUGGUCACAUUUUCCAUUCCUAAAGUCGCUUGCAGAUUCGGUGCAAAUGAAUGGCUCAAGAACAACGUAUUCACUGAUAGAAAGAGCAGACUCCAAACAUUCUUUGCAGGAUUGGGAGCUGGUGUGUUUGAAGCCAUUGUUGUAGUCACCCCCACUGAGACUUUGAAGGUAAUAAAAAGAUAUAGAAAUUAGGUCAAAUUGAUCCAUGACAAAUUAUCCAGCACUCCUAAGUACAGAGGAAUGAUUCAUGGAAUUGGAUCAAUCGUCAAUGAAAUGGGUUUGUCAGGUAUUUACAAGGGAUUGAUUCCAACUAUUUUAAAACAAGGCAGCAAUUAGGGUAUCAGAUUCGUUGUGUUCGAGGAUACUAAGAAAUUGAUAUAGGUAUGUUCUAAAUUCACAUUUAUAGAAAAACUUCACAUUUUUACCAGAACCUGUUGUCCUCCUAUUUUCAGGAGGUAUUGCAGGUGCAGCAUCAGUGAUGUGCAAUACUCCCGUUGACGUUAUUAAGACUUAAAUGUAGGGCCUUAAAGCCCAUUAAUACAAUGGUGUUUUGGAUUGUUGCAAAUAAACAUAUCAACAUGAAGGAAUCAGAGGGUUCUACAAAGGUAGAUCAAAUAUUUCUAAGUUUUAGGAACUGUACCAAGAUUGGGAAGAGUUGUUAUGGAUGUUGCCAUUACAUUUACACUCUAUGAUUACAUUGGAAGAGCUCUUAAUUUAGUUUGGCCACCAAAACAUUGAUAGUUCAUAUAUUUUUAUUCAAAAAGUAAUAUAAAUCCAUAGAUUAC